AUGGGAUGCUUGGACCCGUCUGGGACUCCACGUGAGUAUGAUGAGCGUUUUAGGUACAACUGUGAGGACUGUGUCUGUGAUAGGGCAAGCCAAUCAGUGUUCUGUAAGCCCAAAGAGUGUCCUGAUGUAAAUCCUGAGAUCUGCACUGAGCGCGGCUUUGUGCUGGUCAAUGUCACCAAUCCCUCAGAGCCAUGCUGUAGCAAACAAGUUUGCCAUUGUGCCAUUGACAUGUGCCCAAGUGGAUCAUGUACACAAGGGUCCUGCAUUUAUGAUGCACCAGACAAAACUAGACAUGUUCUCAAGAGUGGAGAGGAGUACAAGUACAAAUGUGAAACUGUUACCUGCCAUCGAAUGAAUGGCUCGUUUGUGAUUGAGAAGAACAACACAGAAUGUCCUUUCUUGAGUUCAAAGGACUGUGGGCCUGGGUUUAAAUAUGAGAAAAAAGUUGGAGAGUGCUGUGGAACAUGUGCACAAGUUGCCUGUAUUUAUGAUGCACCAGACAAAAUCAGACAUGUUCUCAAGGAUGGAGACGUUGACAAUUACAAAUGUGAAACUGUUACCUGUCAUAAAUUGAAUGGCUCGUUUGUGACUGAGAAGACCAAAACAGAAUGUCCUUACUUGAGUUCAUUUGAUUGUGGGCCUGGGUUUGAAUAUGUGAAAAAAGAUGGAGAGUGCUGUGGAUCAUGUAGACAAGUGGCCUGUAUUUAUGAUGCACCAGACAAAACCAGACAUGUUCUCAAGGAUGGAAAGCAGUACUAUUUUAAAUGCAUGAAUGCUACCUGUCUGAAAAGGAAUGGCAUGUUUAUGAUAAUGGAGAGCUAUAAGCAGUGCCCGCCCUUUAAUCCAGAUGACUGUGUGCCUGGAACAGUGCAAUUUGAUAAAGAUGGAUGCUGCCAGAUCUGUGAAACCAGCAACUGUGUUCUUGAGAAGAACGUCAUCCGUCUGCAUGUGAAAGAUUGCAAUUCCAUCGAGGAUGUAGAAGUUGCAUCCUGCACUGGCCACUGUGACGACGGAUCAAGGUAUUCGAUGGAAAAGAACAUCAUGAUGCACAACUGUUCUUGCUGCCAGGAGGAGAAAUUCAGCCAACGACAGGUGAUGCUGAAGUGUGCCAACAGCAGCGAGAUCCUUCAUGACUACAUUUAUGUUGAGAGCUGCAGAUGCACUCCUACCAAGUGUGACGAAUACACUGAAAAGAAGAACCCUGUACAAUCCCCGGAACACUUCUGGGAACAUCCGAAUUUGAGAGAAAAGGUGUCUGUUCCGACCUAUAAGAAUGGAAUUAAAAUUGAGGGAAGUCCAACAAGUGUCAAGAUCUCGAACAAACAUGGAGUGACUGUCUUCUGGGAAGAAGACAACUCUCUAACAAUUGAACUUCCUGAGAAAUACAAAGGUCUGACCUGUGGACUCUGUGGAGACUUUAAUGGCAACAAGCAUGACGAUAUCACUGUUAGCGGUCCAGCCACAUGGAAAGUUUCAACACCAACUGAAACCUGUGAGGACGUUACACUUCCUCCCAUUGAUCAGUGUGACCAGAUUGAAAUAUUGGUUCCAAUGAGACAAUCCUCUUAA